GCGACUACCAGGGAAACACUGAAAUGGCAGGGAAUGGCGGCGGCUGGCCGGGAGGGUCCAAGCAGGGCAUGGGGGGCCGCGUGGGCAGCUUUUCGCAGUACCUGUCACCCCCGGUCAGCAACGGGACCUCCCAGGGUCCCCCCAGUCCCCCACAGCCCGCCACCGCCUCGCGCCUGGCCCCCCCGGCAUUGCAACCGGCUUCGGCGGGAUCAGCCGCGAACGGAGGGAGCCAGCUUGGGGACAUGGGUAGGUUUGUGUACUCUCAAAGCACGGAGACAGGGCAGGUCGCGGGCGGUGAUUACUACACGUCCUACUCAGCAGUGCUUGGCGGGGAGGCCACACAGCAGCCGGGAGUGGACUACCAAGCAAUGCAUGGAGUGUCCGGAUGGGGGACUGCGCAAGCACAGGGUCAGAUGGACUGGGGAGGCCAGCAGCAUGAAGCGCCAGGUCAAAAUGCAGGGGGAUGGCCAGGGGCCGCGCAGAUGGCGCCUGCUCCUGAUGACAUGACAGAGCUUGAGCUCUGAUCAGAUGUGAGGAUUUUUGGAGGAUUUUUGCAUAGAAGCCCCACAGGAGAUGCCAUGAGAGACUUUCAUGAUCAUGCAUGAUACAGAGUGCUUUGAGGAAUAUUCCUUUUUGUGCUUGUGUGUAGUGGCAAUUAGCAGUAGCUCUAGUAGCUGUUCUAUAGUAAUCUGCGUGGCGAACACAGGAUCCUUGCUUUGACUGAUGCUGUCUUGCAGUGUAUUUGUACCGAAACAUUGG